AGUGUUCAAGUACAAUAAUUAAUUAACCUAGCUGUUUUUUGCUGGUUCAAAUUUAAAGCUUCUUCAACUUCCACAAUUUUCUUUCUUCCAUUUUUAUUUUUCUUCAAAUAAACUUGAAAAUAUGGUUUUCUACAUGAAAAUAUGUCUUUUAGCACUAACAUAUUUUCUUGUUAUGUCUAUAAACUUUGAUGGGAUCUUUGUCAAUGCCCUCAAUAUUGGUGUUGAUCAUUUUUAUGAUACAAGUCAUUUCAUUGAUCUCCCAUUUGUGAGUAGGAAAUGCAGUAGGAAAUGUGAAUCUGAAUUUUGUGAAGCGCCUCCGUUUUUGAGGUAUGGCAAAUAUUGUGGACUUCUGUACAGUGGAUGUCCAAAUGAGCAGCCGUGUGAUGGGCUUGAUUUUUGUUGUAUGGAGCAUGACAAUUGUAUCUCAAGGAAACAUAAUGACUAUCUAAGCCAAGAGUGCAACAGAAACUUGUUAGAGUGCAUGGAUAGAUUUGCGAAGACAGGAGGCCAAAGUUUCAAAGGCAGCAAAUGUAAUGCAAAGAAGGUCAUCAAAGUCAUUAAAGUCGUCAUAGAACCUGCUUUGGCUGCUGGCAAGGCUCUUCAUAGACCUUAAUUUAACCCUACUUUAAUUAAUUAGGGCAAAAUCAUCUAAAAUAAUGAAUUAGAUUUUGGAUUGUUUUUUUACUAUGGAUCGACACGGACAUAUUGCAGUUGAUAGGGGUUCGGUCGACUUUGUGACCUCCAAGUCUCAAGGUGAGUUCCCACACAAACUCGACCAACUUGUACGUGUUGAUAAAAAAAUGAUCAAUAGCUAUUUCGGUGAUAGUCUUAAUUUGUCAUUGUCGGGUAUGUAGAAAAAUACAACUAUGUGCUAUCGAAUUCGAAAUCCCUUAUCCUACAAUUUGUGUACCACUUGUGUUGUAACUCAUUAAAAUUAAAUUAAUAUAAACCAAUAAAAAACAAUGACAUACAAGUGGUACAUAAAUGAUAGGAUUGGAGAUCAGACUCGUGUUAUCAAAAGUAGAAAUUGAACAAACUUUGGUGUUUUCGUUGUAGUCCA